GACGUCACUUAGUUAGCGGAAAACCAAAGGUGCAGAUGGUUGAACGCUAACAUGGCGGACUGGAAGGAAACUGGAAGCGCCAGAAUAGCCAGAGGAAUAAACAGAAGAGGCGCGUUCAAGCAGAAAAAUGUAGUGGCUGUCAAAGACCACCAAUUUAUCGCUCGGUUCCUGAAACAGCCAACGUUUUGCUGUCAUUGCAAGGAUUUUAUUUGGGGUUUCGUUGGAACCCAAGCCUAUCAAUGCCAGGUGUGUUCGUUCGUGGUCCAUAAGCGUUGUCACGGGUUUGUGUCGUUCGCUUGUCCUGGCUCAGAAAAUGUCACUGGUGCAGAGUAUCCCGAAUCACCUCAUCAAUUUAAAGUUCACACGUACAACAGUCCUACGUUUUGCGAUCACUGCGGAUCUCUUCUGUAUGGUCUCUUUCAUCAAGGGUUACAAUGCACAGUAUGCGAGAUGAAUAUUCACAAAAGAUGUGAGAUUAACGUUCCAAAGCUUUGCGGUGCUGAUCACACAGAAAAACGGGGGAGACUACAUAUAAAAGUUGCUGUGGAAGAAAAGGGCGAUGGAGGAUCUGUGCGAGUGGAAGUGCGGGAGGCAAAGAAUCUCAUCCCUAUGGACCCAAAUGGCUACUCGGAUCCCUAUGUUAAAAUCAAGCUCAUCCCUGAAUCAGCCGAAAUCAACUCAAAGAUGAAGAUGAAGAUGAAGACCAAGACUAUUAAAAAGUCACUGAAUCCAGUUUUCAAUGAGUCUUUUGAUAUUGCCAUCUGCGAAUCCGAUGAUGAUCGGCGUUUGUCUGUCGAGAUCUGGGACUGGGACAGAACGUCUAAAAAUGACUUUAUGGGGUCAAUGUCAUUUGGAAUAUCUGAGCUGAAGAAAGAAGGCGUGGAGGGUUGGUUUAAGCUUCUGAACAAAGAGGAAGGAUGUUUUUAUAACAUCCCUAUUAUUGAUGAUGAUGAAGGACAAGCGGUAUCAGAGUUAAGAAAUAAGUACAAAUUUAUGCAAGCUCAGUUAAAAGAAGAAGAAGAUAGACAGGAGAGGGAGUACAGUACAGCGCGUGCAAAUCAAUAUGACGGUGAGGGUGCAAUCAGGUACAGGCCAGAAGAUUUUCAUUUUCUCAAAGUUCUUGGAAAAGGAAGCUUUGGCAAGGUCAUGUUGGCAGAGCGGAAAGGGACAGAUGAAGUUUAUGCCAUCAAAGUGUUAAAAAAGGAUGUCAUCGUUCAAGAUGAUGACGUUGAGUGCACCAUGACAGAGAAGAGAGUUCUUGCAUUACACGGCAAACCACCAUUCCUCACAUCUCUGUUCUGCUGUUUCCAGUCUUAUGAUCGACUUUAUUUUGUGAUGGAGUUUGUAAAUGGUGGAGACCUGAUGUUCCACAUCCAACAGCUUGGAAGAUUUAAAGAACCACAGGCUGUUUUCUAUAUAGCAGAAAUUGUGCUUGGCUUGCUGUUUCUUCACAAAAGAGGUAUAGUGUACAGAGAUUUAAAAUUGGACAAUGUAAUGCUAGAUUGUGAAGGUCACAUCAAGAUUGCUGACUUUGGAAUGUGCAAGGAGAACAUGAACGAUGGGAAGACGACACGGACCUUCUGUGGAACACCUGAUUACAUUGCCCCCGAGAUUGUUGCUUAUCAGCCGUACAGCUUUUCUGUUGACUGGUGGGCCCUUGGAGUCCUUAUUUACGAGAUGUUAGCCGGACAGCCUCCUUUUGAUGGCGAUGAUGAAGAUGAACUAUUCAACUCCAUUUUGGAGCACAGUGUGUCAUAUCCUAGAUCAGUAUCAAAGGAGGCGGUGCUCAUUGUCAAAGGGUUCUUGACCAAGCACCCCGCCAAGCGCUUGGGCUGUGGAGAGAACGGAGAACAAAACAUCAAAGACCACGUGUUUUUCAGGCACAUUAAUUGGUUGAAGCUUUUUAAUAGAGAAGUUCAACCGCCAUUCAAACCAAAAAUUAAAUCCAAGCGUUCCUUUGACAAUUUCGAUCCCGAGUUCACAGACGAGGCGGCUCGACUGACGCCGUGCGACAAAUCAUUCAUAGCCAACAUUAACCAGAACGACUUCCACGGAUUUUCGUUUGUCAAUCCUGAAUUUGCUGCCAAGGAAAAAGGAGCUCCAAGCAACAGUGACGUUAAUGUCUAAGAAUUGCAGGGUAGUUUUAGUUAGUUAGGAGAUCAAUUGUAUUCAGGAAAUAUUUCUGGAAUUGUUCGGAGAAGUGGUAAAUAUAUCUAGUAUUAUUAUGUAAAAAAAAAAAACAAAUUUGGUUAGUAAGUUUACCCUUGGAAAGCGCGUGGAAACAAAUCGCAAUGUUCUUGCGCUGGUGAAUCUGUGAAUGGGAAUUCAGGGGUGUCCGGCUUGCUUUGGGGGUUCCGCGGAAUUCCCGGGGAUAUGUUUAGCCCGACCAGAUGUGGAGCGCGAAAAGGACGUCCGUUUUGUGUCCCAUCACUCGUCAACCUUGUUUUCGUUAUGUUUGGUAUUAAGCAAUAAGUGUUGUGUAUAUCAACAGGUGUAAGGUUGAGUGGUAUAAAUAGUUGUUCGGCAGGGACCUCUUUGUUUUUCUCGUUGGUCAAGGGAAACGAUAUGGUUUGUUGCUUCACUAAGCAAAAAAUAAUUCAGUCAUUGACUGGGCAAUCAAACCAAGAUGUCUGCCUCUUUGGUGGCCAAGGAAAUGGUGGAUAAAUUUUGAAUAUAACUUAAAUUGAUAGCAAACCGAUAGGGUAGACCUUAUAAAUUGCCAUGUUGGUGAAAGAAUGUGAAAUGACGUUAACGGAGCUACGUCACGGUGUUUAGCUUAAAUUUUUCAAGUUCGUCGUUUGUAAUCCGUGUUAAUCUUCUCCAUCCCUA